UGAUGCUAUUUGUCAACAUCAACCUUUAUUAAAUUAAUAUAUAGAAAAACAAAACAAAAGAGUAGAAAAAAAACUGUAAUUACAAUGAAAGCUACAGCUUAUCGUUUUGGUCCGGUGGCAUGGAAUAAAUACGAUAGACGGUAAUCAGAAGAAGACCAGCAGCCAUGGAUGCAGCAGAAGAAAAGCACUAUUUUCAUAAUCUAUUUCUGUUUUUAAUCAUCUUUUCUUUUUCUUACUCGGUUCAUGGGGUUAAUGAAGCUGUUGGAUAUGGCUACAAACUUGAAUCUGUUUCCAUUGACUCAAACCAAAAAUGGUUGACCGCCCGUCUAGGUCUUAUCCGCAGCUCAUCUGUUUUUGGACCUGACAUUCAAAAUCUCAAUCUUUUUGCCAGCUUUGAGACAAGCAAUCGAUUGAGAAUCAGAGUUACAGAUUCAGGCCAUCAAAGAUGGGAAAUCCCACAAGAAAUCAUACCCCGUCAAUCUCAGUUCCCACACCUAUCAUUGCUAGAAGACCGUCUGAGCACAUCAGCGAACUACCAAACACAGAAGCAAAAGGAAAACUAUUUUGUGUCAGACCCAACAUCGGACCUCAUUUUCAGCCUACAUAACACCACGCCAUUCGGGUUCACAGUGAGGCGUCGCUCCUCAGGUGACAUCCUUUUCGAUGCAUCUCCGGAUGCAUCCGAUCCUGGCACUUUCUUGGUGUUCAAGGAACAAUACAUUCAACUCUCCUCCUCACUUCCGAAAGAUAGGUCUUCACUUUACGGACUGGGAGAGCACACAAAGGGAUCGUUUAAGUUGCAACACAAUGACACAUUGACGCUAUGGAAUGCAGAUUUGGCGAGUGCUAAUCUGGAUGUUAAUCUUUAUGGAUCACAUCCCUUUUACAUGGAUAUGAGAUCAGCAUCAGCAGAUGGCAAAGUAGCAGCCGGAACUAGCCAUGGAGUGGUGUUGCUUAAUAGCAAUGGAAUGGACAUUGUGUAUGGGGGAAACAGGAUAACUUACAAGGUUAUUGGAGGAGUUAUAGAUUUGUAUGUUUUUGGUGGACCACUGCCCCACGCUGUCAUUGAGCAGUACACUGAGCUUAUUGGCCGCCCCGCUGCCAUGCCUUACUGGUCCUUUGGAUUCCAUCAGUGCCGGUAUGGCUACAAAAACGUUUCUGAUCUUGAGGGUGUGGUUGCGGGCUACUCAAAAGCUAGGAUUCCACUGGAAGUCAUGUGGACAGACAUCGAUUACAUGGAUGCCUUUAAGGAUUUCACUCUUGACCCCAUCAACUUUCCCAAGGACCUGAUGAAAAAAUUUGUCGAUAAGCUUCAUCAGAAUGACCAGAAAUAUGUGGUCAUCUUAGAUCCUGGUAUCAGCGUAAACAAAACCUAUGGAACCUACAUCAGAGGGAUGCAAGCUGAUAUAUUCAUAAAAAGGGAUGGAGUCCCUUACUUGGGUGUAGUUUGGCCUGGUCCAGUUUACUUCCCAGAUUUUGUAAAUCCUCUUACUGAAACAUUUUGGGCUGGUGAAAUCAAAAUAUUUCGAGAUUUUCUCCCUGUUGAUGGUCUUUGGCUUGAUAUGAACGAGAUAUCCAAUUUCAUAACCUCCCCUGGAAAGCCAAAUUCUACCCUGGAUAAUCCUGCUUACAAGAUUAACAAUCAGGGAAUCCAGCGACCUAUUAAUAAUAAAACAGUUGCAGCCACAUCUCUACAUUUUGGUAAUCUGACAGAGUAUAAUGUCCAUAACCUGUAUGGUUUACUAGAAUGCAAAGCUACUCACGCAGCAUUGACUAAUUUGACCGGCAAAAGGCCAUUUAUUCUGAGUAGAUCAACUUUUGCAAGCUCUGGACAAUAUGCAGCCCACUGGACCGGAGACAAUGCAGCCAGGUGGGAGGAUUUGGCAUACACAAUACCAUCAAUUUUAAAUUUCGGACUCUUUGGUCUUCCAAUGGUUGGAGCUGAUAUAUGUGGCUUUUCUGGGGAUACGACUGAAGAGCUCUGCCAAAGAUGGAUUCAACUAGGGGCCUUUUACCCUUUUGCUAGAGAUCACUCUGAGAUUAAUUCAAUUCGUCAAGAGCUCUAUCUUUGGGAUUCAGUUGCUGCAACAGCUAGGAAGGUGCUUGGCCUCCGCUAUCGCCUGCUCCCAUACUUUUACACUCUAAUGUACGAGGCACACAAAAAAGGGAUUCCCAUUGCAAGGCCACUUUUCUUCACAUUCCCCCAAGAUGUUAAGACUUAUGAAAUCAAUUCACAAUUUCUCCUUGGUAGAGGUGUAAUGGUGUCACCUGUAUUAAAGCGAGGAGUCGUUUCAGUUCAUGCUUACUUCCCAACUGGAAACUGGUUUGACCUCUUCAAUUAUUCCAACUCAGUGAGUGCAAAUCCUGGAAAAUAUUUUACACUAGCUGCACCUCGUGAUCAUAUAAACGUGCAUGUUCGGGAAAGUAACAUUAUAGCCAUGCAAGGAGAGGCCAUGACAACAGCAGCUGCCCGGAAAACACCAUUCCAACUCUUGGUGGCUGUCAGCAACAGUGAGAAUAUGAGUGGGGAACUUUUCUUGGAUGAUGGAGAGGAAGUGGAGAUGGGACAAGAGGGAGGAAAGUGGAGUUUAGUGAGAUUUUACGGGGUAAGUUCUGGUGAUAAUGUCCAUGUCAGAUCAGAGGUUGAGAAUGGAGAAUUUGCUUUGAGUCAAAAGUGGAUCAUAAAUAAAGUCACUUUCGUGGGGUUGGAAAAAAUUGGGAGGCUGAAGGGGUAUGAAAUAAGCACCAACAACAGAACAAACUUGUCUGAAAAUCCAAUUUUGAAGACAAAAUUAGACAAGAAUGCAAAAUUCCAAGUUGUGGUGCUCUCAAGACUGAGGCUACCUGUUGGAAAGGAGUUCAGUUUGCAACUCAGGUUUUAAGAAGAGCAACAUCAGUACAUCACUGCUGGCUGGCUCAUUAUUCCUCCAAAAUAAAAUGACAAAAAAAGGACGCAGGAGACAGCUUCUUUGGCACAGUGAUGAUCUUGUAGUUCAAAAUGGAAUUAAUAAAUAAAUGAAUUACUUUCA